GCUGACGUGGAUGAUCCGCGCGUGAAGCUGGCGCUGAGUCCCGUUCCUCCUAGGGAGAGUGACGUUGCAACGAUUUCACACCGACUGACAUGUCUUCUUCUCUCUCUUACUUUCACUCUGCGCAUUCUUUUCGCCGAUCCAAUCUGAGUGAGUGUGUGUCGGCAUGGAUUCAGCAUUUGCGAGAACGAGAACAAGAUCCAUGUUCUUCUUAGCUUCACUCCUCUUCUACAUAUUCGCAGUCACCACCACCACCACCUUCGCAUCCAUCCACAUCUACGACCAUGAACCUUUCAUAGAACUCGGCAAUUCCUACCUCCUCGCCGGCGGCAGCGAAGGCAUCGUCGCUUCCCAAGCCAAUUCCAUCCACGACGAUGGCCGUUCCUACAUUCGAUUCGAGAAUAUAACCUUCAGGAGAACCAAAGCUUCAGCUAAGGCACGCGGUUCUGUGCCAUUACACAUCAUAAUUUUUGAGGCUGCUGAUCGUAAUGAUAUAGGUGGUUCUGCUUAUGGUGGACAACGGGAAAUCUGUUGCAGUCCUGAUUUAGCUAAGAUGGGAGUUUGUAAGCAAGGAGAGAUUAUUAGGAGACCUUCUGCAACGGACAUUAAUUGGCCAGUCAUUUUAGACGUACAAUUCAAAGGCAGAUCUAAAACUGCAAGUCUAGAUUCUCAGAAAGUUUCUAUCACAAAGACUGGAAUGUAUAAUUUGUUUUUUGUAGCUUGUGAACCCAAGCUCAAGGGCAUAGUAAUGAGUGGGAAGACAGUAUGGAAAAACCCUGAUGGGUAUUUACCUGGUAGGAUGGCCCCAUUAAAGAAGUUCUAUGUAUUUAUGACACUGGCUUAUGUUUGCCUUAGCAUCAUUUGGUUUUUUCAGUAUGUGAGAUUUUGGGAUGAUGUACUGCAACUUCAGCACUGUAUCACAGCUGUCAUUGCUCUUGGAUUGUUUGAGAUGAUUCUCUGGUAUUUUGAGUAUGUGAAUUUCAACAAUACUGGAAUGAGACCUAUUGUGCUCACAACAUGGGUUGUCACUGUUGGGGCUAUAAGAAAAUCAAUAUCACGACUUCUCAUUCUCUCUGUUUCAAUGGGUUAUGGUGUUGUGCGACCCACUCUGGGUGGUCUUACAUCAAAGGUUCUUUUACUUGGAAUAACUUACUUUCUAGCAUCCGAGUUACUGAAUAUUACUGAAUAUGUGGGGACCAUCAAUGAUGUGUCAGGAAGGGCAAGGCUCCUUCUAGUUCUUCCUGAUGCUUUCUUAGAUGCAUUUUUGAUAUUAUGGAUUUUUACAUCUCUUUCAAGAACACUGGAGCAGUUACAGGCAAAACGAAGUUCUGUUAAGUUGGAUAUAUAUAGGAAGUUCUCAAAUGCAUUAGCAGUAACGGUGAUCUCCUCAGUUGCUUGGAUAGGAUAUGAGGUAUACUUCAAAGCUACAGAUCCUUUCAAUGAGCGCUGGCAGAGUGCUUGGAUCAUCACUGCAUUCUGGGACAUUCUAGCAUUUGCAUUACUCUGUGUUAUAUGUUAUCUCUGGGCCCCAUCCCAAAGCUCUCAAAGGUAUGCGUAUUCGGAGGAAGUGGGAGAAGAUUCUGAUGACGAAGAAGCUCAAUCUCUCACCAAGGGAAAGCAGGAAGGUCAAGGUGAACUAAGUUUAGUUCGGCAAGAGAAGAAUGGUGGAACUGAUGUAUCCUUUGAUCAAGAAGACGAGUCAGAAGAGGAGGAUAAAAGGGAAUGAGCGCUUAAGAGCUUUUUAUUAACCGCACUUGCACUGUUUUUACAGCUGUGUUCCGCAACCCUUCACGAGAAGUGUUGUAAAAUUUUGUUCAUUUGUACCAGAAUAGUUAGAAUACGUUUUAUUGUGUAUGGAAUUACUGUAUAACAAGUAUUGUCCAUGCCGAUGAUCCAAUUUGCUAUCCUAUUUUUUCCCUCACCCUUGUGGACUUCGAAAUCUUUUCGAUUGUUGGAUUAGUAUGUGUGUAUAAUUAAAAAAAGAACAGUGAAGUCUCUAAUGUGUCAUGACUCAUGAGUUAGGAACUUCUUUACUUUCAUUUCUA